AUGUCGAUCUCUGCGAUGGCUAGUCAAUUACAUGACGGAUUCACCGUGCUUGCUCAGUAUCACAAAACAAUUGCAGCCUUUUGUCAGCGACCCAACACAAUUCCGAAAACCUACUCCGAAAAAUUAGUGUUUCGUCGUGAUAGCGCCCCGAAUCUAUUCAUCGUCGUCAAAUCAACACGAGAUCCACCCAUUAUCGAUAUCAUCAACGACGCCGGCACAACAGCAGAUCUGAAUUUCAUUUCCUGGAAUAAGGCUUAUUGUCUUCUUCCAGUUCCGACUAUACAACAUCACAAAGUUUACCUUCUCAAAGCAUUCGACAAUGCCCUUGGCCAAUCACUACGUCAAUGGGCUAAACUGGGUUGGACAACAAGAGACAUUCUUUGGCCUGAUUUGACAAAAGAACUCAUUUCCGACAAAGAAUGUCGUCUAAUUGGUGGGCCAAGCAGUCUGAUCAUUAACCUUGGGGAUAAUCCUCCAGGUGAUUACACCCCCGACUAUGUUCUGGAGAGAUGCAUCUAUUCCAUGGUAUGGAAGAUGAUGGGCUCUUCCAGGCGUCUACUCGCCACUAUAAAACCGGCGCCCAUCUCACAUGCCCUUCGCCACCCUUACACAAACGGUGACAUCGGCGAUGGAAGCAAGGAUUGGUGGAGAUUUUUACGCGAGCGAUUAGAACGUUGGAUUUAUGUCGAGGUAGUCAAGACGGAUUAUGAUCAACGACCUCAUGGAUUUUACUUUCUGGCCCCAGGAAACUUUCGCGUGUCUAUUCCUGUCGGAUAUCAAGUGCCUGAUACAUGGGACUAUGCAGAUGACCAGAUCAUCCCAUGGUUCAAAGAGUGGGAGAAAAGUUGGACGAUGGGAAACGAGUACAAAGGUUAA